AGACACGUCGAUUCCAUCUAUAAAAAGGCAUUUCGCUAAACCCCCUCCAAAUCUACGCGUACCCAGAUCUUCAUCAAUCAACCGAUCCAUCCAUCAAUGGCACCCGAGUGUUUUAGGGUUUCUUUCUACCUUCAAUUCCAUCAAACACUUGUUUAUUUUCCCCUACAUCUCUGCCUAACUCAUUGAAUCUGCAUUCCCCGACACAGCCGCUUCUUCGAGGAGCGAAUCAGGGUGUUCUUGGAAUCGCAAGUGAAAUUAGGUUUAUAUAGAUAUUUAGUUUAAGGGUUUUGAUGAGGAAGAAGAGAAAAGGCAGUGACCUAUUAUGGAGUGAUAAUAGAAAGGAAAUCGUGGAAUCAACCGGUGAUUCAGAGUCUUUGAUAUCAAAUCUCAAGUGUCAUUACUCUUUAGAAGAUUAUGUUAGAUUGAAAAAAAGGUGUUGUAAGGAAGAUGUGAUCUGUGGUGGCGGUGAUUCUAAUGGAUCAUGCAAGAAUAGGCUUGCUGGUAUUGCUGCCACUGCUCCUCCCUGUGCAACCUCGUCUCUGGUUUUAUCAGGUAGAGGGAUUAAGAGGAAAAUUGGGUGUAUCGAUGUAGCCACUCAAAUGGGUAGGAAGAACAAGAUCGCAGAGGAUUAUAUUAAGGGUGCAACGAUUGGGAAAGGGAAAUUUGGGUCUGUUUGGUUAUGUAGGUGCAGGGUUAGUGGUGUGGAGUUUGCAUGCAAAACAUUGGUGAAAGGUGAGGAGACAGUUCAUAGGGAGGUUGAGAUAAUGCAGCAUUUGUCAGGGCAUCCAGGAGUUGUGACAUUGAAAGCAGUGUAUGAGGAUUCAGAAUCAUUUCAUCUAGUUAUGGAGUUAUGUUCAGGAGGUAGGUUGAUUGAUCAGAUGACAAAGGAAGGUCGGUAUUCUGAGCAAAGAGCUGCUAAUAUAUUCAAGGAGUUGAUGAUGGUGAUUAAAUACUGUCAUGAUAUGGGUGUGGUCCAUCGGGAUGUGAAGCCAGAGAAUAUUCUUUUAACAGCUUCAGGGAAAAUUAAGCUUGCAGAUUUUGGCUUGGCAAUGAGGAUCACAAAUGGUCAGAGCUUAGCUGGAUUGGCUGGAAGUCCAGCAUAUGUUGCACCAGAAGUGAUAACAGGGAACUAUUCAGAGAAAGUAGAUGUAUGGAGUGCUGGUAUUCUUUUGCAUGCCCUUUUAGUUGGUGUUUUGCCUUUUCAAGGAGACUCUUUGGAAGAUGUUUUUGAGGCUAUCAAAACUCGGGAACUCAAUUUCCACACCGGAAUCUGGGAUUCCGUUUCCAAACCCGCCCGUGAUUUGCUCGAGCGCAUUCUCACCCGGAAUGCUGAUUCCAGAAUAUCAGCCGAGGAAGUACUAAGUCAUCCAUGGAUUAUAUUCUACACGGAGCGCAAUUUAAGGUCUCUAUCAUUCAAGUCAAAGUCAAAGCAGCAUGUGAUAACAGCCACAGCAUCUGCAUCAACUGUAGUGGAGUUGGAAUCAAGUAGAAAGAAGAAGAUGAUGGAUGAUGGAAUGAAGAAGUCAUCAUCUCCAUUAAUAUUAGUAACAACAUCUAGAAGCUCAGUUUCAGAGGAUGAGGAUGAUGAUAGUGGUUUGGUUGAUGCACUUACAGUUGCAAUCUCUCAUGUCAGAAUAUCAGAACCCAAGAGGAGCCGAUUGUGUGUACCCACAAGUCCCAUUAGAGAACAGUGCUCUUCUACAACUAAUAACCACCUCUGCAAAGCAUGUUGACUUGACUCUCUCUCUCUCUCUCUCUAACUUUGACUUACUACUGAAAGCUUAAUGAAGAAUGAACAAGUUGGUAUAUAUAGUGAAUGUAAAUAUAAGCUAGUAAUGAUGAUGAUGAUUUGUGUAGAUUGGUUUGGAGGGCCUGCUAUUAUUAUGAUGAUAUAUGUUUGCUUGCUCUUUUCUUA